AUGAGCUUGUCCUCAGGCUGGAGCCUCUUCCUCCGCGUGGGGCAGCUGCUCUCCACCCUCGUGCCCAUCUGGCUGACCAGUAGGGACACUCUGAAGGUGGGUGUAAUCAACUGGUGCCUGUUCAUCUGGCCCAUCUGCUUCAGCCUGACCCUUCUCGGCUUCAUACUGGAGUUGGGCAGUCUCUCCAAACCGCGGUUGCCUAACAUCCAGUGCCUCCUCCGCUUGUAUGAUAUGUUCCAGUACCACUUCCGCUUGUUUUGGGAUGGCGUUCUCUACGCCUUUGGCUCUUACUUCGCCGUCAUCUGCCUCUCAGCUGCCGUCAUCUUCGGCUCCACCUGCAUCCAGUUCUUUGAUCCAGGCCCCGCCCGAAACCGCGCCAUCACCAGCACUGCCUUCUCCUGCGUGGCUGCUCUGCUUUACGCCAUCGAAGUGGCCUGGGUCUGUCGCCGACCCAGUAGAGUGUCCUGCUUUUGGCCGACCUUCCCAGGUGUGCUCAGGAGGCUGGAGAACUAUGCAGCCAACAUCAUCUUUGCCUUCGUCUGCGACACUGACCUAUACCUGCACCAGCCGGCCCUGGUGUGGUGUGUGGCCGUGUACUCCAGCUGCUUCGUCCUGGGGGUCAUGAACUUCCUUAUGAACGGGUGUGACUGUGACAACAACAAAAAGCUUCCCCUCCGCUUCCAUUUGCUGUGGGUGCAGACUGUGCUCCCUGUCUUCCUCUAUGUCACGGCAGCGAUCCUCUGGCCCCUCUACCAGUUCCACGAGAAGCUGGGGGGGCAGCCCCAGAGGUCCAGCGAUAUGACCUGCACUGAUCAACUCAACAUCUUUGUCUGCAUCUGGGACCAACGACUGGCUGUGGCCAUCCUGACUGGCAUCAACCUGCUGGUUUACACGGCUGACAUGGUGUAUCUAGUCCGAGAAGCUUUUGUAGGUGUCUCAGACGGUAGAGAAUCUGCCUGCAAUGCGGCAGACUCGAGUUCGCUCCCUUAG